AUGCUGGCUUUUCCUGUUGAUGACACAAAUUCCUCAAUCUUUUUCCUAACAGGAUUCCCUGGCCUGGAACAGCAGUAUCCCUGGCUCUCCAUCCCUUUCUCCUGCAUCUAUGCUAUGGUACUGUCAGGGAACUGCCUGGUCCUCCAUGUGAUCCGGACUGAGCCAAGCCUGCAUGAGCCCAUGUUCUACUUCCUAGCCAUGCUGGCCCUCAGUGACCUGUGCAUGGGGCUGUCCACAGUGCACACGGUGUUGGGGAUCCUGUGGGGGCUCAGCCGGGAAGUCAGUCUUGAUGCCUGUAUUGCACAGACUUACUUUAUCCAUGGUCUGUCCCUCACAGAGUCUGGGGUCCUUCUUGCCAUGGCUUUUGAUCGGUUUAUAGCAAUUUGCAAUCCUCUGAGGUAUACAUCUAUACUAACCAAUGCCAGGAUCAUCAAAAUUGGGCUGGGAAUUUUAGGAAGGAGUUUCAUGUUCAUUAUUGCUCCCAUAACUCGCCUAAAAUUUUUCCAUUAUUGCCGUCCCCACAUCCUCUCCCACUCCUUCUGCCUGCAUCAGGACCUACUCCGGCUGGCCUGCUCUGACAUUCGAUUCAACAGCUUCUAUGCGUUAGCCCUGGUAAUCUGCACCCUGUUUUUGGAUUCAGUACUCAUCCUUGGCUCCUAUAUCUUGAUCCUCCACUCAGUCUUGGCUAUUGCAUCCCAAGAGGAGCAGCUCAAGUCAUUGCAGACCUGUGUCUCCCACAUCUGUGCAGUCUUGGUUUUCUAUAUCCCAAUCAUUGGUCUCACAAUGGUGCACCGCUUUGGGAAGCACCUCUCUCCUGUGGUUCUUGUCCUCAUGGGCAACAUCUACAUCAUCUUCCCACCCCUGAUGAACCCCAUCAUCUACAGUGUGAAGACCCAACAGAUCCGUAGCAGGAUUCAGAGGUGGUUCUCCAUGAAGAGGUACUGA